AUGGACAACACUGACAUAGAUUUAACAGAAUUUGUGAUAUUCAACAUAAAUAGUAUGCACUUUUUUGGAUACUUUUUACCCGAAUUUGCUAAAAACUCAAAAAAGAAAAUCUUUUAUGUAAUUUAUGCUGUCACAUUUGUGGGAACAACUUUUGGAUUAUCUCUAGUAAGUGAAAUCGCCAAUAUGAUAAAUUCUUUCGGCGAUAUUGAAAGAAUGACAGACGCAUCUUUUCUACUUUUGACAAAUUUAGUACAGUGUUUUAAAAUGUACUCAUUUAUAAAUCACGGACCAAGAGUAUGGAAUCUGAUCCACAGCAUGAAUAGCAUAGGUUUUAAACCGAAAAAUAUAGAACAACGCAUCAUUCUCGUCAAGGAAAUCACAAUGUCGAAACGAAUUUCUAAAACGUUCUUCAUGGCUUGUACAAUUGUUUGUUCUUUAUGGGGUAUUUCUCCGUUUAUUGAUAGAGGAAGUUAUGAAAAACUUAGGUUGCCAUUAAGUGGUUGGUACCCUUAUUCAACUGAUACAUCUCCGGCUUAUGAGAUUACGUAUGCUUAUCAAACUUUAACAACAUGGAUAAAUGGGUUGGCAGAUGUGGCAAUGGAUACUUUCAUGUCGGGUAUUAUCAUGGUUAUUGCUGCGGAACUUAGUUUACUUAAUGACUCUCUGAAAAAUCUUACUAAAGGGUGCAAAACUGAUUCACUUCGAGAUCGAAAGAAAGCUAACAUGAAUUUGAUUGAGUGUGUUAUUCAUUAUAAAACCAUAAUACGGUUUGCGGAUGAAGUGACUAAUCUUUUCACUUUUUCCAUCACAGCUCAGUUUAUAAUUGGUGUAAUAAUCGUUUGUGUUUCUUUAUUUCAAAUGACUUUGGUAUCAGUAAUGAGUUUUAAGUUUGUUUCAAUGUUACUGUAUCAGGGUUGUGUUUUGAUGGAAAUAUUCUUGUGGUGUUAUUACGGCAAUGAAAUUAUUUUGAAAAGCGAUGAACUCACCCGAUCCGCUUAUAUGUGUGAAUGGAUUGAAGAAUCGAGACAAUUUAAAAAGAAUUUAAUAUUUUUUAUGACACGUACACAAUUUCCCCUCAAACUUUACGCUUCAGGAUACUUCACUUUGUCUCUUGAAACUUUCACUGCUGUUGUCAAAUCGUCAUGGUCGUACUUUGCAGUUCUAAAUCAAGUCCAUUCGAAAUAA